CUGCGCACCGCUGGUACACUUGCCACGCCGCCGCCCAGCACUGCAGCACUCGGGGGGAGGAGGCGGAGGCGGAGGCGUAUGAGGAGGACCGCAGCGUGCAAGCCCGGAGCCACUUUCCCGCCCCUCCUCUCGCCGCUGACAACGCUUGUAGGAGUCACCACUCUUCGCGCUGCGGGAGAGAGUGGCAGACGGAGGCGGUCCCUGGGAGCGAGCCGGAGCGACGCCCGCGCGGCAGCGGCUGCAGCGCUGACACUACCCAGGGCAAGGGUACCUGGUGGCUGGAGGCACCGUUUUGAACCCAAAGUGGAAGAUGUUGUGAGGGCUGACCAGAGUCUGUGAAAAGCUGCCAUCUCCUCAUUGGCCAUCAGUUGAGAUAAGAUGGAAGACUCUUACAAGGAUAGGACUUCCCUGAUGAAGGGUGCCAAGGACAUUGCCAAGGAGGUGAAGAAACAAACAGUAAAGAAGGUGAAUCAAGCAGUGAACCGGGCCCAGGAUGAGUACACUCAGAGGUCCUAUUCUCGGUUCCAGGAUGAAGAGGAGGAUAAUGACUGUUCCCCGCCUGGAGAAGCCUAUGACGCAGAGGCCAACGACGGGGAAGGCUCCAGCGAUGCUACUGAGGGCCACGACGAAGACGACGAGAUCUACGAAGGGGAGUAUCAGGGAAUCCCCAGCGUGAACCAGGGGAAAGACGGCAUUGUGUCGGUGGGGCAGCCCAAGGGCCAUGAGUACAAGGACCGCCGGGAGCUGGAGUCAGAGAGGAAGGCAGACGAGGAGGAACUAGCCCAGCAGUACGAGCUGAUCAUCCAGGAGUGCGGUCACGGCCGCUUCCAGUGGGUCCUCUUCAUCGUCCUGGGCAUGGCCCUGAUGGCAGACGGCGUGGAGGUGUUUGUCGUCGGCUUUGUGCUGCCUAGCGCUGAGACAGCCCUCUGCAUACCAAAUUCCGGAUCGGGAUGGCUAGGCAGCUUAGUGUACCUCGGGAUGAUGACAGGGGCAUUCUUCUGGGGAGGCCUGGCAGACAAAGUGGGAAGGAAACAGUCUCUUCUGAUAUGCAUGUCAGUCAACGGAUUCUUUGCCUUCCUUUCUUCAUUUGUCCAAGGUUAUGGCUUUUUCCUCUUUUGCCGCUUACUUUCUGGAUUCGGGAUUGGAGGAGCCAUUCCCACUGUGUUCUCCUACUUUGCUGAAGUGUUGGCCCGAGAGAAGCGGGGUGAGCAUCUGAGCUGGCUCUGCAUGUUCUGGAUGAUCGGUGGCAUCUAUGCCUCUGCCAUGGCCUGGGCCAUCAUCCCACACUAUGGCUGGAGCUUCAGCAUGGGGUCUGCCUACCAGUUCCACAGCUGGCGUGUGUUCGUGAUCGUCUGUGCUCUCCCCUGUGUCUCCUCGGUGGUGGCCCUCACAUUCAUGCCUGAAAGCCCACGGUUCUUGUUGGAGGUUGGAAAACAUGAUGAAGCUUGGAUGAUUCUGAAGUUAAUUCAUGACACAAACAUGAGAGCACGGGGUCAGCCUGAGAAGGUCUUCUCGGUAAACAGAAUCAAAACCCCAAAACAAAUAGAUGAGCUGAUAGAAAUUGAGAGUGACACAGGAACAUGGUACAAAAGGUGUUUUGUUCGCAUUCGCACAGAACUCUACGGGAUUUGGCUGACUUUUAUGAGAUGUUUCAACUACCCUGUCAGGGAAAACACAAUAAAGCUUACAAUUGUUUGGUUCACCCUGUCCUUUGGGUACUAUGGAUUAUCUGUUUGGUUCCCUGAUGUCAUUAAACAUCUGCAGCUGGACUCGCUGGUAAUAAAACAAGUGGCAAGAGAGAAGUAUACAAAUUUCACUGUUAACUAUACAGUGGAAAACCGGGUGCAAAUCGCAAUGGAAUUCGACAAUGGCAGAUUCCAAGGGGUCAAGUUCAAAUCUGUAACUUUCAAAGAUACAGUUUUUAAGUCCUGCACCUUUGAAGAUGUGAUUUCACUCAACACCUACUUCAAGAACUGCACAUUUAUUGAUACUGUUUUUGACAACACAGAUUUUGAGACAUAUAAAUUCAUUGACAGCAAAUUUCAAAACUGCUCAUUCUUUCACAAUAAGACGGGAUGCCAGAUUACCUUUGAGGAAGACUAUGGUGCCUACUGGAUUUAUUUUGUCAACUUCCUAGGGACCUUGGCAGUGUUGCCAGGGAACAUUGUGUCUGCUCUCCUGAUGGACAGAAUCGGGCGCCUAACGAUGCUAGGUGGCUCUAUGGUGCUUUCAGGGAUCAGCUGUUUUUUCCUUUGGUUUGGCACCAGCGAAUCCAGGAUGAUAGGCAUGCUGUGUCUGUACAACGGAUUGACCAUCUCAGCCUGGAACUCUCUCGAUGUGGUCACUGUAGAACUGUACCCCACAGACCGGAGGGCAACGGGCUUUGGCUUCUUGAAUGCGUUGUGCAAAGCAGCGGCUGUCCUUGGAAACCUCAUAUUUGGCUCUCUGGUCAACAUCACCAAAUCAAUCCCCAUCCUGCUGGCCUCCACUGUGCUCGUGUGUGGAGGACUGGUGGGGUUGCGCCUGCCUGACACACGAACCCAGGUCCUGAUGUAAAAGGAAAAAAGCCAUCCAUCCUGUGUUUCUCUCUCCUGCCUUGCGUCAACACUCCUGGCUGACUCAAGGCUUCUGAUUUUUCAGAUCUAGGAAGGUGGUCGAAUACCAGAACCAGUGACUCUUGCUGUGACUAAAAUUUAGAUGCAUAACGUCUUGCCCCUUAAAUGUGAUUUUGCACAGGUUUUUUUCCAUGCAUUGUUAUCCUUCCCAGCUGUGAUCCUGCCGCCUCCCAAAAAUCAGUGGAAGCAUUUUUAAGUGUCCUAGUCAGCCAGGCCUCCCUGAGCUGCUGGGUACUGAAGGUUUAGAAGCCAAGAAGAGGACUGUGCUGCCGUAAGGACUAGAUCCUGCUCCUUGUUCAACAUUCACAGGAAAUAUAAGUUGGCAUUUUAUUGCAUUUGUGCUGAGGAAAGGGAUUUUUUUUUUCAGAGUGAUAUUUCCUGUUUACUUAGAAAAGGACACCCAGCAAUUCUCACUGUGACAGCAGACAUUUCAAAGAAAACCCUGUGGUACCAAACAGAGCUGGGUGGGGCUCUCUUCAGGCAGUGACAAUUAAGGUGACUCUGCUGACCAGAAAAAUAAGGGCUCUGUGGCAACGAUCCGAGUGGGGUGCGGGAGCAAGAUUGCUGCCAGAAAGCCCGAUGGAACUGCUGAAAAACAGGAGGAAAAGGGACCGCGGCGGUGUCUAUGAUUUUGGCAGAUGGCCAGAAUGUUAGAGAAUCAGAGACCAGAGAGAGAGAGCUCUGCCUGCAUUUACCUCCUGCCCCCACCCCCAGCGGCCAUUGAUCUUGCCAGAUAGCAGAUUCAGGGAAAGAAAGUCACUUCUUAAAAACCGGGUCUGCCUACCCAAUUUUUCCAUUUAUCCAAACGUCC